AUGGCUACAAUGACUGAAACGACGAUGGUGCCAGUGCCGCCAUCGCAAACCCAAACCCAAGACCUCGCUACUCACCUAUUCAACGGCACUCUCCAUGCUGGAUAUCCUCCGAUUGAACAAUUUAUGACAAUCGAUGGGCUUCUCAAGGAUCAUGCAGCUCAGUCCGAUCAAGCAAAUCACCCAUUGGUUUGCUACCCAGUUCGAAAAGCAGAUGACUUCGAAGAACAUACGGCAGCAGACAUGGACAAGUAUACGGAUCUUGCGGCUCGCUAUUAUAUAGAAAAAGGCCUCCCACCAGCGGAUCCCAAUUUGGAAAAAGCGCCAAUAGUUGCUUUGCUCGCUGGGUCCAGCUUCGAAGUCAUUUUGACGUUCUUCGCACUGAAUCGGCUGGGAUAUACUGUUCUCUUCUUGUCAACUCGACUUACAGCCCCGGCGUAUGCUCGCCUAUUGAGCAUGGUAGAUUGCAGUCAACUUGUCAUCGCCAAUCAAUACCAACAGACUGUGACCGAUAUUUGCUCGGAGCGGCCCGGCUGUACCAGAUUUCCUAUCUUGAAGCGUGACGACUGGUUCAAUCGGCCUUCUAACGCUCAAAAAUUCCAGCGAUCAAACGUCGACCCAGCAAGGGAAAGCAAAAAGAUGGCCUGGAUCCUGCACUCAUCUGGAAGCACAGGCUUUCCGAAACCAAUCUUCUUAACCAACUAUCAAUGUCUUGCCAAUUUUCGCAAGAGCUUUGGACUGCGCCUGUUCACCAUCAGUCCCUUGUUUCAUUCACACGCCUUGAUGGAGCUCGGACGAGCUUUUUACACCCGCCAAUCAGCAUACCUUGGAAACCACUCUCUCGCUAUUACCUAUCAGAACCUUGUGGACGCUUUGAAGGUAGCCAAACCGCAGCAAAUCAGCGCUGUGCCAUAUGUCAUCAAACUCCUCGCUGAAAAGCAGGAGGGGAUUGAAGCACUUGCUAGUCCUCAGCUCGUUCUUUAUGGUGGAUCGAGCUGCCCCGAUGAUCUCGGUGAUCGGCUAGUUGCACAAGGUGUCAACCUCGUCGCGAACUAUGGUGCGACAGAGACUGGGCAGAUCAUGACCUCCUUCCGAUCCGACGGAGAUACAGAAUGGCAGUAUAUGCGCCUGCAUCGCCCCGUUGCGGAUUACACUCUCAUGGAUGAAAUAUCGCCUGGUAUUUUUGAGUGCGUUGCGCUAGACGGAUUGCCGAGCAAGGGUCCGUCCAACUCGAAGGCGCCAUUCAGUGAGAAGAAUCCGGAAAAUAGCUUUCGAACAGCAGAUCUGUUCACGCGCCAUCCUGAUCCGGAAAAAAGCAAUUAUUAUAAGUACAUGUCUCGCCUGGAUGACCGAAUUACCCUUGUGAACGGCGAAAAGGUGCUUCCUAUUCCGAUCGAGGGGCGUAUUCGAGAGGAAGAGCUCGUGGGGGAGUGUGUCGUAUUCGGCUUUCAGCGAACCGUACCAGGGGCUUUGAUCUUCCGUGCUCCUGGAAAGGCACCCCAUUUGGGUAAUGACGAAUUUCUGGAAACGAUUUGGCCCGCCGUGGAAGCGGCGAAUGCUCGUGCGGAGACGUUCUCGCGAAUUCCGAAGGAAUUGGUAAUCAUCAAGGGGGCGGAUGUGGCAUAUGCAAGGACAGACAAAGGGACUUGUAUUCGCGCUCAAGUUUAUCAGCAAUUCGAAGAUGAUAUUCAACGAGCUUAUUCCAGAUUCGAAGGCAGUGGACAGAAAAAUGGAACUCUUGCACUUAACGUUUCAGAAUUGGAAACCUGGCUCCUAUCCAGAUUCCAGGAUGACUUGGGUGUAUCACUUGAAAGCCCAGAUGCUGAUAUUUUUUCUGCUGGCAUUGACAGCUUGCAAACUACCCGGAUAUGGAGAUGUAUCGUGCGGGAUCUCGACCUUGGAGACCAGAGUGGCAGUUUGUCCCAGAAUAUUGUUUUCGAGAAGGGAACUAUCAGCGCCCUUGCGAGACAUUUGUUCAAGCUGCGGACUGGGCAAGAAUUUGAAGAGGAGGAUGAAGUGGAAAUCAUGCGUGAAAUGAUUGCCCGAUAUUCAUCCUUCACUCUCCACAACCCGAUCAUUCAGCAGCAGCCAAACACAGAAGUUGUCAUCGUCACGGGCGGAACUGGAAAUCUAGGAGUCUUCAUGAUUGCCGAACUGCUCAAACGACCAGAUGUUUCUGAGGUGUGGGCACUUGUACGUGCACCUGGACAAGCAGCUGCAGGUGCUCGUAUGUGGAAGGCGUUAGCCGAUCGCAAAAUCUCUCUCACGGACUCCGAGGCUGCAAAGCUUCAUGCUGUGCCUAGUGACUUCUCUCAAGCCAACCUCGGUCUGGAUAGCUUUGUCAUUGAACACCUGCUCUCAUCUACGACGAGUAUCAUCCACAGUGCCUGGGCAGUCAACUUUAACCUUGGUGUCCGAUCCUUUGAGCAACAACAUAUUCGUGGCACGUACAACCUCAUCAACUUCUGUCUACGUUCGAAACUUCCAACUCCUGCUCGGUUCUUCUUUUGCUCCAGUGUGAGCACCGCAAGCAAUACUCCCAAACCUGCAUCAAUUCGCGAGUCUUUGAUCCAUGAUCUAUCGCAUGCGCAGACUAUGGGAUACGGAAGAUCGAAGCUAGUCACAGAGCAUAUAACGCACAAUGCAAUGCGUCAGACAGCCAUGCACGCUAGAAUUUUAAGAAUUGGUCAGCUGGGCGGCGAUACCAAGAAUGCUCAAUGGAACGACACGGAAGCUGUUGCUCUAAUGUUCCGCAGCGCAAUGACAACGGGUGCACUACCAGCACUUGAUGAAAGUCCAAGCUGGCUCCCUGUUGAUCAAUGCGCUCAAUCAAUCACAGAAAUUGCCCUGUGUAACACCCUGCCGUCAGACGUGGACUUGGUAUAUCAUCUGGUCAACCCAAAUACCUUCAGCUGGAAGGAUGAUUUGCUCCCGGCUCUGAAGCAAGGCUCUGACCUACCGGAGUUUGAAGUCGUGUCACCGCAACAGUGGCUGCAAAGAUUGGCAGAGAGUGAACAGGACCCAGAAAAGAAUCCUAGCAUUAAGCUUAUAGAUUUUUGGAGGGGCAAGUAUGGAUCUGAUGAUUCGCAAGCAAAAGCUGGACGACUUUCAUUCGAAACCCAGUGCACCACACGAGACUGUCCGUCUUUGGCUUAUGUGAAAGACCCGGUGACUGAUGGUUUAAUCAAAAGAUAUAUUAGUUCUUGGAUUAGCCAGUGGACAAGCUGA